AUGUUGAUUAUCAUCAAAGGUCUUCUUCUGAUUUGUCGCCUAUCGCUUGUAUUGGCAGCAGUAAUGUCUGUGUAUAAAAAUGCAAAAUUCUAUCCAAUUGAUAUUCAUUUUAUGCUUGCGAACAUAUCCUCAGUCAACACAUCGAAUGCUUGUGUUUGUGCGUGCAUAAUGGAUUUCAUGUGCAUUACAGUUUACUACAAUGGGUAUGCUCAGAAUUGCGUUCUUUUUUCGGCUGAAUUACGACAAGGUCAAUUAAAUCUAGCGACAACAGAUACGAAUUCUAUUGUGAUGAGUUUCAAGAAUAAAAGUAUUCAAGCCUCGACAGUGUUCAGUACAAUGAAUAAAACGGUAUAUGCAAUAUGGAACACAACGGCUGGAAGUAAUAGUUUAGCUUCAUAUUCUGGUUAUGAACAGGGAAACUUCUAUCCCUCUGAAACACCAUCGUCUGUUUUUGAUAACAUUGGUAAUAGUAGCUAUAGUAGCUACGGCGUGUGUAACUAUUCUACUUGGGAUCUUUCGUGUGGUACAAACACCGGAUUUUACAUCACAUUCAAAAAUGCGCCGUAUCUUCUUCGUGCGUUUCGUAUAUGUGCAGGUCACUACAGAGCAUCUCGCGAUCCCUUAACAAUCACAAUUGAAGGAAGCAAUCUAGCUGGUGCUGCUCUAACUUUAGGCACUAGUUGGACGUUAAUUUAUAAUGGCAGUACAGGACUUACUACUGAUCCCGGUCGAAGUAUGUGCGGUGAACUUCGAACAACUGGAAAUUCUCUAUGGUUUUCAAGUUACCGCCUUUUGGUAACUGCAAAACGAUCUGUCGACACUUGUGUUGAGUAUUCUGAAGUGAAUUUUCUGGCUUAG